UUCCUCGCCGUUCCCCGUUUCCUGCCGGCUUCGAGGGUGACCAUGGCGACCAUGUCCGGCCUGACCACGACGGCCCCCUUCAGAAGUUCUGCGAGUUCUUGUGGUGUUCGCAUUCCAACUUACUCUGUCGUUCAUUCAGAGAUCUGCAUUUUAAAAGGAAAAUGUUACCAUCUGUAGCAUUCUUUGAACGGUGCUGGAGCUGGCGGUGGCGACGGCGCUGCUCAGCGCUGACCAGGUUCGUGGAAACGCUGGCCCACAAACUCUGUUUCCGCGAGGGUACUCAGUCGCGGAAGUUGAAGGUGGUGGUCAGGCGCCCAAGUCGCGACGCGGCGGCGUCGUACGCACAUGCCGAGCUCUGCCGUAUCGAACAUCAAGAGGACGAUGUGCUCGCCGGCAGCGCGGAUCUCCGCAUAGAACCUUCCGCUUGGGUGGAAGCGCACGCCGGUGAAGCCCGUCUGAUUAGCGCGCGGAAGCAUGGGGUUCUCUGGUUGCCUUCGUCUGGCUGGGAGGACAUGGUCGAUGGUGAAUGAGUAGUUGCGGUGAGGGCGCUAUAUAAAGCUAGGUGUGCAGCUUCAGUUCUAAGAGGAGGAGAUAAACCACCUGGUAUGAGUGUACGCGGGU